AGGAAACAUCCCAAAGCCAGACUCUGCCACUCCCUCUCGCAAGGCCUUCGCGUCCCACGAGGGAGAUCGCCCCGCCAGUCCAAGGGCCUCGCUCCCUAUAAAGCAGGUCCCUGCUUCUCUCGCCUUUCCUGCAUCUCUCCAACCCUCCCACACACGACAAGAUCUAAUCGCUCGCACGACAGCCUGCGCAUCCACUUCCUGCUUCUUUGCAUCUGCUCGCAACAAUGAGCUCACCUCCCUCUAAAGUUCCCAAGUUUGAGGAAUACAAACCAACCGUUUCCAUCUUGUCCUAUGGCGCCGGUAACAUCCAAAGUCUCUGCAAUGCCAUCGAACAGAUUGGUUUUGAGCACAAGUUCGUCAAGGAUCCCUCUGAGAUCGAAAAGGCCGAGAUUCUUUUGUUCCCGGGUGUCGGCAACUUUGGCCAUGUCUGUGCUUCCUUGCGGGACAAGGGCUAUGCAGAACCCCUCAAACACUACAUCGAUGCCGGUAAACCCUUCAUGGGCAUCUGCGUCGGUAUGCAAGCGCUCUUUGAAGGCAGCGAAGAAGCACCCGAUGUCCCUGGUCUGGGUGUGAUUCCCGGUAUCGUGCGCAAAUUCGAUGAUGCCGAUAAGGCCGUUCCUUGUAUUGGUUGGAAUUCUGCCGUUGUUCGUGAUGAAACUGAUACAGCCAUCUACGGUAUCACACCCCAUGCCAAGUACUACUACGUGCACACGUACGCGCGGAAGAUGGACCAAAAGCUCGGCGGCGGCUGGAGCGUUGCUACUGCCAAGUAUGGUACAGAAGAAUACGUUGGUGCUGCAGUACGCGAGAACUGCCUUGCUACACAAUUUCACCCUGAAAAAAGCGGUACUGCAGGACUUAAGAUCCUCGAGGCCUUCUUGAAGAAACAGGUGCGGAAACCAAUCACUGGCAAAGCAACCGUUAUUUGCGAGCAGCCUGGACGUGGUGGUUUGACAUUCAGAGUUAUUGCUUGCUUGGACGUGCGCUCAAAUGACAAGGGCGACCUCGUCGUUACAAAAGGCGACCAAUAUGAUGUGCGUGAAAAGGAUGAAGCAGGCGAUGUUCGGAAUCUUGGCAAGCCUGUCGAGCUGGCCUCGAGAUACUUCAAAGAAGGCGCUGAUGAAGUCACCUUCCUCAAUAUCACGUCCUUCAGGAAUGCGCGUGCUGCAGAGGCGCCUAUGCUCGAGGUGCUACGGCAAGCGGCAAAGACAGUCUUUGUGCCAAUGACAGUCGGUGGAGGCAUCAAGGAUACGACAGAUCCUGAUGGAACGACGCACAGUGCCCUUGAUGUUGCGCGCAUGUACUUUGAUGCAGGAGCCGACAAGGUGUCUAUUGGCAGCGAUGCCGUCUACGCUGCGGAGAAGUACUACGCCAACGACAAAAAGGCAGACGGUACGACUGCUUUGGAAGCCAUCUCUCAAGCAUACGGUAAUCAGGCUGUCGUGGUUUCUGUGGACCCCAAGCGCCGAUACGUGGCUAGUCCGAAAGACACAAAGCACCACGCCAUCAAGACGUCUCGGAAAGGACCGAAUGGCGAGGAAUACGCUUGGUAUCAAUGCACCGUCUCUGGAGGCCGCGAGGCGCGUGAUCUCGAUGUCAGGCAGCUGGUUCAAGCUGUGGAAGCUCUUGGAUGUGGUGAAAUUCUGCUCAAUUGCAUGGAUCAAGAUGGUAGCAACAGCGGCUUCGACCUUGAACUCGUCGCAGAUGUCAAGGCUGCCGUCAAAAUUCCAGUCAUUGCAUCUUCUGGUGCAGGCAAGCCCGAGCACUUCAAGGAAGUGUUUAUGGAGACUGGCUGCGAAGCUGCAUUGGCUGCUGGUAUUUUCCACCGGAAUGAGUGCACGAUUGGCGACGUGAAGCGGUAUUUGACAAGCGAAGACUUGCUCGUUCGCCAAGAGUAGUAUCUGCAUCCUCACUAUAACGCCUGUACCAUUAGCCAGCUCUUCGUAGAAUGCUGAGCACCCUUCAUUCUGCUACAGUAUUAGGGUAACCAGAGUCAGGACUAUUCUAUGCCACCAGCCAGACUCAAAUUAGCCGAAGCGUCAACAACGACACCCCCACGGACCGCGGCGCAUAUCCAGGUAGCUGGGCCGGUCUGACGGGGCAGUGUCCAUGGUCGAUGCGAACAGGGCAAGCCCAAUUUCAUCACCCGUCGCGUCGCCUGAAGAGAGCUUUGGUCCUGACAGCGCAUCCAAGGCGCGGAAAACAGUCAGCAAUGGCAAAGCGACACCUGCGGUCGCAUCUGGUGCUGAUAGAUCGGCUGCUGCGCGCGUGGAUAUUGAUGUGCCCCUUAAUAAGCUGCACGAGGUACUGAAAGAGAAAUGGUCGGCGU